AUCCGGUCACCUCACGCCCCGGUCGACAAAGGCAGUGACACGCCGAUCGACUGCUCAGGGCGGCAGAGCAUCUGCAGAUCACUCGUGCAGCGACGCACGACCAGCUUGCAAGAUGGCCUCGCUCGACAAAUCGCUGCCAGCGACUCCGGCUUGGCAAGAUCAACGCUCGGGCCCUCCCGUGUCACGCCGUGCUGCCGUACCACAUUCAAGGAGGAUAUCGCUCUCUCAGAUUGGCUAUCGCACUUCUUCACCGACUUCGACCGGGCCUGUGUCCGCCGGUGCAUGCCAAUCACGUCCCUCGCUGGACGCAGCCUUGCAUUCGCCUGCCUCAUUGAGCGCUCAGUCGCAGAAGCAUCAUGCUCGCCGGUUCUCUGCCUAUCAGGAUGGUCAAGCACGUCACAGUCUGGAGACGAGCACGCCGGCAUCCAACCGCCGAGCGUCGAUGUACUAUUCGAUCGAUACACCGCCCGACAGCGGCUACCUUAAGCAGCCCAUCGCACCGCAUACAACAGCAGAGUCACCUCUCGUGGCGCGCAGUCGACAGUCAUCCAUCAAUGCCACAAGGAGCAGGCAGUCUAGUGCCAACACAAUGAGAGAUUUGCGCCGGCCCGCGCCUACACGCUAUCACACAGCCCAGACCGAAGCCGACGAUGACUCGCCGUUUGACUUGGAGCUGAGCCAGCCUUCGCCCAACAGCACUCCUGCUCACUCUCCGGUACUUGAGCUCGGCGCGUUCGAACAUCUUUCGCCGACGCCUACCUUAUCCAUUGACACAAGACACCGCACGCGCUCGCCCUCGCCCUCGCCACUCUCGUCGUCUACCUGCUCACCCGUACCCUCGCUCAUUGCUUCGCCAGCAUCCGUCUCAGGUCACAGUGUCCGCAAAGUCGGUCUAGCUGCAGGGCCCAAGACGAUCAUGGAGAGCCACAAGGAUUUACUUGAUCAGAUUGCCGCGAGAGAGCGGCGUGUACUUGACCUCAAGCAGGAACUCCAAAGGGAGCAAGAUGAGCUCCGGUCGCUCAAGAUCAAUUGGGAGAUGACCGUAGCAAGGGAACUUGUCACCAUGCGGACAUCUAGCUCCGGCAAUCCUGGAACAGCAGCGCCCGCGCCUGCACCUUCGCCUCGUCUAGCCAGCGGUCUCUUCACUGCUGCGCCUCUCGCUCUGCCUACACCACGAGUCGGCUCUACCACGCGGCCUAGACAGGAGGACGAUCCUGGCAAAUCGCACGGGGUCGAAUCGGCGCGCAAUUGGAUAGCAAAGUCGAUCGGACAUAUCGGUGCCGCACUCGAGACGCUCGCCACGCCAGACGAAGAGAUCGAACAACCCAAUCUGAAUCGCUCACUUUCUGAAGGAGACACCCGACGUGAGAGCUACUCGUCCAUUACGUCAACGAACUCGUCGUGUGCUUCGCUGGGUACAAGCGACAGUCACGCCACCAACUUGACAGACCCAGACCUCGCAUCGCCUGUCAAGCAUGAUCCAGCUAUCGAGUCGACGCCAACAUCGCCUGUCAUGACGCGCCGGCGAAGUAUCGCUCUGUCGGACGAAGCACUCGCAACGCCCACCAGCGCCACGCAUCCGUCCUUCACGUCAGUCCAAGGGGAAACAUCCAGCAGCAUAGAAAUGAGAAGGGCGGAGAAGCAUGCGCGCCGCCGUUCGACGUUUGAUAUGCUAGGCGCGGCAGCCUCACACUGGAGCGCCGGUCUGAGCAAGAAACUUAAUGAGGUGUCGCACAGCGAAACGUUCAAGGCAUCAAAGAGAGCGACGGUCUCGCUGAUGAACGAUCUCGAGAAAACCUUGGCGGAUGCGAUUGGUGAAACGGACGGUUCCUCUCGCGUAAAUGUUGACGAGACAAGCCGACAUGAGAAGCAGCACCGGCCGCUCGAUCUGCUCACAGAAGAGGAAGAGGAGGAAGAGGAGGGCAAAUCAGCCACCGCGACAGAUCGGCCUGAGCUCUUGAGCCAGAUCAGCGAGCUCAGCGACGACAGCGACCAUCAGUGGGGCUGGUAGAUGUGCAUUGACUUGCAUCGUGAGACGCUAUGCAUGCCCUACAUGUCUUGACCCGUGUACCGGAUUGAAGCUGUCGUGAGACUGGUAAGGAGAAUUGCCAUCGUUCGAGUAUCAAUACAACUCGUCAGGCCACUCCAGCUAGUCGCACUGUGUCGUUCUAGACACGCUGAUAGAGUCUUCAAGCUGUAGGACUGGCCAUUGACCCAGC